CAAGUGGAAUGCGCCUGCCGUGUCCAUGGAGAGAGGCUGAGGUGGCCGAGCUCUGGCCCGAGGCAGCGGGGCGCCGCGACUGCGAGGAUGUCGGCUUCGUUAGUCCAGGCCACCGUCCGGGCUGUGAGCAAGAGGAAGCUGCAGGCCACCCGGGCCGCCCUCACCCUGACACCUUCAGCAGUAAACAAGAUAAAACAGCUUCUUAAAGAUAAGCCUGAACACGUUGGUGUGAAAGUUGGUGUCCGAACCAGGGGUUGUAAUGGCCUUUCCUACACUCUAGAAUAUACAAAGACAAAAGGAGACUCUGAUGAAGAAGUUGUUCAAGAUGGAGUCAGAGUGUUCAUCGAGAAGAAAGCACAACUGACACUUUUAGGAACAGAAACGGACUAUGUUGAAGACAAAUUAUCCAGUGAGUUUGUGUUCAAUAACCCAAACAUCAAAGGAACGUGUGGCUGUGGAGAAAGCUUUAAUAUUUGACUCCUCAGGACUGCUUGGGCUGUAGGCCCCGGGAGAGCUUUGGAAGCUCUAGGGCUUAUUGAAGAAAUCAUGUGACUGUCACAUGCUUGAGGUUUGUAAUGUAUGGCUGCCUUACAAGAAAAAUAAAGUGAUGCAUUU